AUGGCAGCAGGUGUAGCGGCAUGGCUCCCCUUCGCCCGAGCGGCGGCCAUAGGAUGGAUGCCCGUGGCGAGCACCCCGAUGCCCAUCCCUCCCCAAGACAAGAGGAAAGCCCAGGACGGACUCAUCAUCCUUAACGUGAGUGGGACCAAGUUUCAAACGUGGCGAAACACUUUGGAGAGGUACCCGGACACUUUGCUGGGGAGCACGGAGAGAGACUUCUUUUUCCACGAGGAGACAAAUGAGUACUUUUUCGACCGUGACCCUGACAUCUUCAGACAUAUACUCAAUUUUUACCGCACGGGGAAACUACACUAUCCGCGCCAAGAAUGCAUAUCUGCAUACGACGAGGAGCUCGCUUUCUUUGGUAUAAUCCCCGAGAUCAUUGGGGACUGCUGUUAUGAGGAGUACAAAGACCGGAGGCGCGAAAAUGCAGAGAGGCUUCAAGACGACGAGGAGAUGGACAUGAACAAUGACGUCACGCCGGUGAACCUGACGUACCGGGAGUACCUGUGGCGGGCUUUUGAAAACCCUCACACCAGCACCUUAGCUCUGGUCUUCUACUAUGUCACAGGCUUCUUCAUUGCCAUAUCAGUCAUGGCCAAUGUGGUGGAGACGGUUCCAUGUGGGACUUUGCCCAACAGGUCAAAGGAGGUUUCCUGUGGAGACCGUUACGCGCUGGCCUUCUUUUGUUUAGACACUGCGUGUGUCAUGAUAUUCACUGUUGAGUACCUCCUCCGUUUAAUCGCAGCUCCCAGCCGCUACAAGUUCAUGAAAAGUGUGAUGAGCGUCAUUGACGUGGUCGCCAUCAUGCCUUACUACAUCGGCCUGGUCAUGACAGACAAUGACCAGGUGAGCGGUGCUUUCGUCACGCUGAGAGUCUUCCGGGUCUUUCGGAUUUUCAAGUUCUCCCGGCAUUCCGCGGGGCUGCGCAUCCUGGGCUACACCUUGAAGAGCUGCGCCUCCGAGCUGGGCUUCCUACUAUUCUCCCUCACCAUGGCCAUCAUUAUCUUUGCAACGGUCAUGUUUUAUGCAGAAAAAGGCUCCACAGCCAGCAAGUUCACCAGUAUCCCCGCAGCGUUUUGGUACACCAUUGUCACCAUGACAACACUGGGGUACGGUGACAUGGUGCCAAAAACAAUCGUGGGGAAGAUAUUUGGGUCCAUAUGCUCUCUGAGUGGGGUGCUGGUCAUCGCCUUGCCUGUCCCUGUCAUAGUGUCAAACUUCAGCCGUAUCUACCACCAAAGCCAGCGGGCAGAGAAACGACGAGCCCAGAGGAAAACUCGGCUUGCUAGAAUCCGUGCUGCGAAGAUUCGAGGCACUAAUGCCUAUAUGCGCUACAAACAAAAUGGGCUCCUGAUCGACUCACUGGAGGAGGCCUCCAAGGAGGCAGGACAAGCCCUGGUGGGGAAGGCCGCCAGCCCUCCUUUUGAGAGCCAGCAUCAUCACCUGCUGCACUGCCUGGAGAAAACCACGAAUCAUGAGUUUGUGGACGAGCAGACGUUUCAGGCCAACUGCAUGGAGAUCUCUGUGAUGAACAAGUCGGGCUCCCGUUCCUCCUCGCUGUCCUCGUCUCCGCACGGCCUCAGCUCAUGCUGCUCUCGACGCCACAGGAAGAAGAGCAGCUUCAGCCUACCCAGCACAAACAACCAGGAGCUCAGCACCAUACAGAUAAGAGAGAGGCCAGUGGUCAACAGCCGCUCCAGCCUGAAUGCCAAACUCGAUGAAACUGUGCCCUUGAAAUGUGACGAACCUUACAUCACUCCCUCCAUGGUCAGCCUAUCUGCCCCAGUGGUGACCUCAUCAGACGGGGACGGCUCCACUACCACCACCGCAUACUCUCAGAGCAACAUUGUCCGAGUAUCUGCCUUGUAG